GAUAUUUGUGGAAAAAUGAUUAAAUGAUUAAAUUUAAAAUCUGCAAAUUUCUUCAUCCAACUUACAGUUUAGCACCCACAAAACCAUUGCAUAUUUCCUGGGGGGUUUCCCCAAUAGUGAUACUGUUAUUCAUCGAAUUAUUUCUGAAAGACGAUCCUCGACCAACACUGACACUGAUUAAUAAGUGUAUUAAAGCAUCAUUCAGCUUGUCUACAAACUUUGAUAACAGAUUUUGCUAUUAUUUCGCUCUCGGACGAACGAUCUAGUUCAGUUUCAGUCUAGCAGUCACGAUGGCUACUAGCACCAUGCUGAGCACAGCAAUGUUGCUGUUUUUGGUUAUUCUGAAAGUGAUGAUCGCUAAAGUAAAUUGUGCAUGCGAUGGAACUUGUGUUCCGUUGAACCAAUGCGCAGAUGACAAUUUUGGAGGUGAACAUUUUUUUGAUAUAAGAUUUCAAGAAGAUGCUGAUUGUGAAGAUUACCUGAAAGUGUGCUGCCAAAAUGUUAUUCCGCCCGUAACAAUCGAUCCAGCUUCAGGCGAUCAAAUAAAAGAACCUCCCAUUUUUAACGAUUGUGGAACCCGAAAUAUGGACGGGGCUGGUUUUAGAAUAACUCACGCGACUCAGGGUGAAACUGAGUUUGGCGAGUUCCCCUGGAUGGUUGCUCUGUUUGCUGGCGACAGCUACGUCUGUGGCGGUUCACUGAUUAGACCAAAUGUUGUCGUGACCGCAGGUCAUUGUGUGUUUAGCAGGCAGAACGAGCGUCUCGUAGUACGCGCCGGAGAGUGGGACUCCAAGACUACGGAUGAGGUGCUGGCUUUUCAGGAACAAAAAGUAUCCCGAGUUAUCAUCCACGAGAAUUAUCACCAAAAGUUUCUUUUCAACGACAUUGCCCUCCUUAUUCUUGAGAAACCAUUCCAUCCCGACGAGCACAUCCAGCUGCUGUGUCUUGCUCCCCAGGGCAAGUCCUUCGACAACGAGCAAAAUUGCAUCGCCACCGGAUGGGGCAAGGAGCGCUUUGACUCGCCGAGCUAUCAAAACAUUCUCAAAAAGGUUGAACUGCCCGUCAUGGAUCACGAAAACUGCCAGUCCGCAUUCCGUAAAACUCGCCUCGGAGCAACCUUCCAACUGCACCGAUCGUUCAUGUGUGCCGGCGGAGAGGAAGGAGUCGAUACGUGCACCGGCGAUGGAGGAUCUCCGCUGGCCUGUCCGAGCGCUGAAAACGGUAACCGGUACCAGCUGGCCGGAAUCGUGGCUUGGGGAAUCGGUUGUGGUCAGGCUGGCGUUCCGGGAGCGUACGCGAAGGCCAGUUUGCAUACUGACUGGAUUGAGCGAAACAUUGAUGGUCCAAGUGAUAAUUGAUUUGGGUUCAUGAAUCCUUCUUAGAAUUAGACAAUGCAAUCCGUUUUGCGGUUUGAAUUCAUUUUAAUUGAGAUAAACAUGUCACAUUUCAAAGUUUA